AUGGCGUUUUUCUCUAGUAUGACGAGGAAGCUUCAGAAGGGUGCAUCUCAGAAUGCUUCUCAAAACGAACAAUCCCCAGACCGCGAAGAACCUCGCGAGUUCCCACCAGAGAUAUUUCAGGUGCCCUUACUGGCCCCAGGACACAAGAGUCAUGAUUUGCGGAUCAAUGUGCCAAAGAAAGACUUCGAAUUAGGAGAAGCCAUUGACCUUUCUGAGAAGAAACCCGCUUCAUACGCCAAUACACUGGUUUCACAGUUGCCCACUCCAAUCAUUAGUGGCGGCGGCUUUUCAAAUAUGCUUGUUCCUCCCAAACGUGCUAAUCGCGGUUCAACCUCAACGUCGCGCAACAGAGCAGUCUCUGAAUUCGUGCCCAGUCAUUUUGAAAAUAAUGCGGCCCAGCUGAAAGUCACUGGGAGUCGUAAUGUCUCGAACCCAGUAGAGUUCCAGGCUCCGGUCAGCCUGCUGUCAAUUCCUCUGCCGCCUCUUGAGUUCGACCUGAAAGUAACCGAGAACUUAAUAUAUUCGCCAUUGCUGAGAAGUUACUUUGCGCCCGGUGAAGUAAUUGGGUCAGGAUCCUUCAGCACUGUCAUCCAAGCUCACCAGAUUUCUGAUUCUAAUGUUGUAGUGGCUAUCAAGAUAAUCUCCGUUCCUACAACUGAUCUGGCCAGCAUCACCAACUUCAAAUCAUACAUCACUAGAGAACUCAGCAUAUUAUCACAUUUAUCGCAUCCUUGCAUUGUGAGACUCUUCGAUUAUAACCUCACGAUGUCAAUAUCAAGGGACGAUAUAGUAAACUCCUACAAUAUCGUCCCGGUUUCGAAGAGCGUAGAAUCAUUCGAUCGACUGUCCUCUAAGGACGAGCUUGAGAGAUUGUUGGACGAAAAUGAUUUGCGCGUUUCAAACAAACAGUAUUACUUUUUGCAGUAUUGUCCUGGUGGCAAUCUCUUUCAGUACAUGGAGAAACACUAUGCAAGUCUCUCGCAUGAGACGAGCUUCUGGAAGUUCGCCUCUCGGGUUAGCGCCGAAUUGAUAGCCACGGUUGCUUACUUGCAUACUGAACGUGUUGUUCAUAGAGAUAUCAAGCUCGAGAACAUUCUUUUAAAUCAGAAAUUCGACGACACCUCACAAUCCCUUUCAUUUAUUCUGUCUGCGAAACCGACAAUUACUUUGACUGACUUUGGUCUCUCAAAAAGAAUUGCUCAUUCUGGCCAUCUUUUAACAACUAAAUGUGGUUCACAAGACUAUGUCAGUCCGGAACUAUUAAUGGGGUUGGAAUAUGACGGAAUACUUUUAGACUCGUGGGCAGUGGGCGUUGUAAUCUACGCUAUCUUAGAGAAUCGAUUGCCCUUUGACAUACCACCUCUCGAAUUCAUGGAAGCAUCCAAUAUCUCUCCAUCCGUGAUCAAAAGACGAAGGAUGAGACAUAAUCCUGGAUACCGUAUUGCUAUGAUUGAUUGGGAUUGGUAUCGAACAUUGUCAAUGAUCAACAACAAACGGAUUAGUGAGGAAAGUAAAGAAAUUAUCAAAAAUUUGAUGGCGGUCGUUGACUCGCUACUCGUUCGUAAGGAGAAAAGACGAACUGUGUCCGAUUUGCUCCAUGACAGCGACUUUUUUUGGAUAAGGACGUCUGUUCCUCAAAGUGUCCUUCAGUUCGACAGCAUGUAA